CGGCAGCCAUCUUAAGAAAACUCCACUCUUUUAGUACACAGGCUCUUAUGGAAGUAUUUUUUCAAAGUGAUUUUUGUCUUAACUGGAUUACAAUUUCGACCAAAGAAAAAUAGUGAAAAAUACUACAUAAUUCAGAUUGUCAUGUGCGAGGAGGAAUUUGUGGAAAAUGCUGUAAUCCAAUUAUUCGACCUCUCCAACUAUUCUGAUAGUUUGCCAACCGAGGCAAAAGAACGCUAUCUUUCUAAGUUGGCUGACAUUGUUUGUGAUUGUCCAUACACAAUAUCCAACACAUUCUGGUCUUCUGGACCGGAUAUAGAUAAUGUCAUUCCACCAGUUGAAAGAGGUGACCUAUGGAACUAUCUAGUCUAUGGAAAGAGUCUCUACACUGAUAGCGAAAUGAAGAAUUACAAAAGUUGUCAAUCUUAUAAAAUAAUCACUGGAGAAGGAUUAUUUUUUGAUUUGAAAUGUUUAAAAUUGAGCAACUUAAAUGUAAUUUGUACUGCAAAAGUACAUCAUUCCAUGGCUUUUAGUCUACCACCACUUAGACCGUGGGUUGCUUUGAACCAAGCAGGCAGUGUAAUAACAGGACAUUGCGACUGUAUAGGAGGCCUUAGUGAAUGCUGUAGCCACGUUGGUGCUGUGUUAUUUGCAGUUGAAUUUAUCAAUGCACAUAAGAGAGAGUUAUCUGUCACGGAAAAGCCAAUGCAAUGGAUGAAGAAGACUUCUAGACCAAAUAUGGUAGAAACUGUUUCUCAAUUGAAGAAUACACAAAAGAACAAAAGUAAGAAACUAAGAGUAGAUACAUCACCGAUCUCAACGGAUGCAUUUAAUGUGAUGAUGGAAGAAUAUAUGAAUUCUGGUAUUCAAUCUGCACUUCUUACAGUACUUCCGGACUACAGCAAAAACUUCAUCCCUUUGCAAUUGAAAGUUACUCUACCAAAUCCGCUCUCCAAAAUUUUCACAAGUCACUUACGAGGAAAACCUCUUAGUGUUUUACUUAAGGAGUCUGAAGACCUUUUCAGUAAAUAUUGUGUUUCAAAUCAACAAGCUGAGGCUAUCGAAAUGUUAACCCGUGCUCAAUCCAAGAGUGAGUUAUGGAAUUCAUUUCGUCUUGGAAGGAUUACUGCUAGCGUCGUGAAAUCCGUUAUUACAACAAGCAUAGACAAUCCAUCCAAAUCGGUUGUACUCAAGAUCUGUUAUCCAAACAUUAACUCAUUCAGCACACCAGCAACAAAGUGGGGAAAAGAUAAUGAAAAAAAGGCGUUGAAGGUUUGGGGGAAAAAACGGAAAUCAGAAAGUUUGCACACGGGGUUUUCAAUUGAUGAAGCCGGACUUACUAUUUAUCAAUUGCAUCUGUUUUUGGCAGCAUCACCGGACGCCAUAUUCAACUGUCCAUGCAACGGAAGGGCAGUUGUGGAAGUAAAAUGCCCUUUCAAGCACGCCAACGAGAAAAUAUUAACUGCAGCAAGAAACGAUAAGGAAUUCUGCCUCUACGUCACGGAAUCAGAUGAACUAGCUUUAAAGAAGAAUCAUUCAUAUUAUAGUCAGAUACAGUUUCAAAUGAUGGUGUGUCAAGUUGAUGUAUGUUUCUUCAUUGUUUACACCAAAGUAGAUAUGGUCUUCUUAACUGUUAACUGUGAUACAAAUUUUCAACGUGAAACUAUUCCAAAUUGUAAGGACUUUGCUAAGACAGUAAUAUUGCCAGAAUUGAUUGGCAAAUUUUACACAGAAACACGAUACGGAAAACAAGUUAAUGUUGCGAAUGAACUGCAGUUACCUUCUACCAGUAUUAAUAUUCAAAACGAAGAACAAAGUGUCAACAACGGUGCAAACCGCAAUGUGUUAAUGAACUUGGAUACGAACAUUUCAACCGUGGAUAGUUCAAAUGUGAUAUCAUCUAACCAUAGCAUUCAUAUCAGUGAUAAGAAUCCCUUACCUUUUAUUACGCAAUCCUCUAGCUGCUCAACGUUUUAUGGUCCUUGUUUUUGUAAUGUUCACAGAGCUAAUGAAACCAUGGUUGUUUGUUGUUCUCCUUCAUGUCGUGUUAAAACUUAUCACAUAUCUUGUUUAUUGACAUUAGGGGAAAAACGAUUUGGAGAAAAUUGGACAUGUGAUGAUUGUAAGCAGCAAAGAAAGAAAGUUGUUAAAGUCAGAAAACCAUUGAAGUCAGUUAAUUAA